UUUUCCACCGCUCCCGCAACAACUACGCCCUCUAUCUCUUUAUUGCUUUGCUUUCUCCUCUUAAUGAACAUUGUUGUUGGCAAAGCUCGUGGUGGAGAUUAACUAUUUUACUUGUAACUGACGACACCACCAUAUAUCUGUUUUCAUGGUUUUCAUGUCCCUUUCGCUUUGUAACACUGUAACAUACGCUUAAUCACCUAUAUUAUUUUGCCUCGUAAGCCGCGGUUUGGAGAAGAGCCUCCAUACUAUAUUAUUCACGUGGGAAAGCUGAUUCUAAAUGACUGUGUAUACCGCAGCUCAUGGUAGACGACUGCUCGCUUUCACAUACUGCAUACUUCUCAUGCUCGCUGGCCUUGCGCAUGGUACAAUCACGGUCGGAGCACAAUCGUUUGAUAGCUUUAGGUUUUUCCAGGCGGACAAAAACACAGAGCUCGACGGUACAUUCGCCCCGGUACGGCUUAAUAUGCAGCAUGGCUGCACUGUCAAAAUGGCAAAUACGACCAGAGUGGAUACAGAAGUGGUGGUGCUGGCGGCGUGGCAGGAGGCGAUGGUCGCCGGAUGCUUUUCAUAUGCACAGAUUAUUAGUGCAUUUGCACAGGUUCCACUUCCGCAAGGUACAGUUGUGCGCGGGAUGGUGUUUAGCAGCAGCAUUGCGGACGACACGCUCCCGAUGGGUAGUCCGAUGGUCGAGCCCUAUGGCUUCUACAAGUCUGUGGAGACCAGCGCAUGCCUAAUACUCACCCGUCCAGCAACGCUGGAGCUCAUGUCGCAGUCGCCGACAGUCCGCGUAACCGCAGUCUCGGGACCAUGGAACACGCUUGAAAAGUCCCGCGGAUACGCUGCCCAGCGCUAUCUAUUCUUUACCAUCUCCAUCCUGCUGAUACUGUACAUAUUCCUGGAAAUCGGGCUAAUGCUAUGUACGCAGACGGUGUGGAACAAGCGCAUGCUAAUGUACGUGGCGGCUAUUACGUACCUGUUGAUAUUCACGCUGCUGCGGCCAUACGUCAUGAACAACAAGGCAGCGCAGAUGACGGUUUUUGUGUCGUGGAUCGUCGGAUACAUGAGCUUCACUAUAUUCAUUGUUGCGUGGGGCUCACUAGUCGGCAAGAUCCACCGGUACCGGCGGACUUCUGACGCUGCACAACACCGGAUGUUUGGCGUCAGCAUGCUGUUCAAGACAUGGGCGUACGCAGCUGAGUCCCAUGGCCUGGUGCAGAUUGUCAACACCGUGCUGACAUUCGAGAUGCCAGUGGUGUUUGGCGUGCAGACGGUCCUGCUGGCCAUGCUGAUCACAGCAUUCCUGACGCGCACAUUCCGAAUCGCCAUAUCGCGAUAUACAAAGGCAGUGCUCCGCAAUGUGGCCAUCAUGUGCUCAGCCCGCUUCCUGUACUCGCUUGGCCAAUGCCUACUGUUCUUUGCAAUCUUUGCAGCGCUGUGGAUCCGUGACCAUGCGAAACGCACUCGGCCAAUGUUCCACGAGCACGAGUUUUACGUGGACAUUGACGAGUCCGAGCACCGCACAAUUCCGCUGGAGCCGCCAUCGGCUGCCCGGUUCACCGACGCCGACGACACAUCGGCAGUGAUGCCGCCUGAGGUGUUCGAUAUGUAUGACGAGAGUAUAUUUGACCACGAGUCGCCGCGACAAGUGUCGCCGGCCGCAACCAUCGGCUCGCAGCUUUCCCAUGCGAGUGUUUGGUGCUGUGAGAAGUAACGGCGGCGCAGCGGCGAGUCUUGCCAGGAAAACAAGUCAGCGCCACGUCUUUGUGCCCCUGGCGC